AUGGAUCUGCCAACUAUCCUGAAAGCUGCGUCCAACCUGCUUCUCAUUGCAGUGGGAAUCCCAGGAAACCUCAUCGUUCUGCUGGUGUUUGGACACAUCGGUUGCGUGGAGCGCAAACUGCUGCCAGCCGACAGCAUCAUCCUCAUGAUGACGUUUGUGCACCUGCUGAUAAUCCUCAACCGAGGAAUCCCAGAAACCCUCUUUUCACUGAACUACAGGGGAUUCUACAACUCCUCAACUUGCAAGUUUCUCAUUUUCAUCUACAGAACGACCAGGGCUAUGUCCAUGUCCAUGACCUUCCUCCUCAGCGCUUACCAGAGCAUCCUGAUCGCGCCAGCAACCUCCCGGUUUUCGUGCCUAAAGCCAAAGCUCCCCACGCUGAUCCUGCCAUCCUUUGUCUUCUUGUGGCUCCUGGAUGGGGCAACGUCCAUCCAUGGCAUCCUGUACACAUCUCAGAUCCGGAACAUCACCGGUCUCAAAUUCACUCUCAAUUUGAGCUACUGUAUUGUGGAGUAUCCUGACAAAGAGUCCUACAUAGGGACUGGCACCAUGGUCCUCGUCAGAGAUCUCUUCUUCGUAUUUUUCAUGGUGGUCACCAGCGCGUACAUUUUAUUUGUUCUCUAUCGACACCGCCAGCAGGUAAAGGGCAUUCGGAGCUCCGAGCAGAACCAGAACACGCCAGAAAUGCGGGCGGCCAAAAUCGUAGUCACUUUCAUCACCCUCUAUGUGGUUUUUUUCGGAGUCGACAACAUAACCUGGGUUUACACCUUGACUGCGCAGAAGGUCACUGUCGAUUUGAACAAUGUGCGGGUUUUCUUCUCCUCGCUCUACGCCUCUGUCUCUCCCAUAGUCGUGAUCGCUUCAAACAAGAAAGUCAAAAGCAAGCUGCAGUGCACUAAGACGGUUAAGAUUCCUCAAUCCAAGACAACCACUGUUUGCACUGUUUAG